AUGGUAGAUUUCAAUGAACAAAAACUAGUAAUUAGAUAUUUAGCUAGGAGGUUUGAAGUGCCAAUAAUGCAUACAGACAAGGAAAAACAGAAGGAUUAUGUGAAUAAGAAUAUGAGGUCAAAUGACCAUGAUAGUAACAAAAAUGACAAUAACAAUCUAUUUGAGAAAUUUGAGUAUGAAAAUGAGGAUUUAGAAGAAAAAGUAAGUCAGAAGAAAAUUGAUGAUGAAAACAUUGAAAAAGAAAGCCUGGCAGUCAGUCUAGCUGUAAUAAAGGAAGUUUCAACCAAAAAGAAGCUCCCUGUUGAUGAAAAACCACUUGUAAAAGACCAAUUGAACUUAUUUGCAAAUGGGUUAGAAAAACUUGAACAAACCAACCUUGUAAAGCAUAUGAUCAAAACUAGUGAUAUUGACUAA